UGAGAGGCCAAUAUGCCAAGAAACGAAGAAGAAGAAUGAGAAGAACCUUGAUACGUGUUUAUUAUUAUUUUGUUAUCAUUAUGAAUAUUUUUGAAAAUUCGAUAUUUUGAAAAACAUACAGUAACAAACAAUAUGAGGUGCAUGGUGUUGUUUUGUAAAACUGCAGGAAGAACUCCAGGAGUUACAUACUUCUCAUUAACUACUAGAAGACAUGAUGCAUGGAUGAAAGCUCUGGGAAGAGAUCCUACUAUAGAGCAUCUUUCUCAGAAUAACUCUGUAUGUAGUGAGCAUUUCCUGGAUCAGGAUAAGAUAAUUGAGAAUAAUAGAUGUCAGUUGAAGCCAACGGCUAUUCCUAUGCUCAAAUUAGGAAUUCGUAAACCACUUAUUCCAGUCCAGCAAGGAGGAGAAAAAAGCAUAAAAUCUGAGAUCCCGGAACCAAACUCACAUUCAACUUCACAUGAGCAGAAUAUACAAGAAUAUUUAGUACAAAAGGACAGAAAAACUAUUAUGACAUAUUUCAAAACUGUUGAUGAAUCUAUGGGAAAGGGCAUAAAAUGUGAGAUCCUGGAACCAAACUCACAUUCAACCUCACAUGAGCAGAAGAUUCAUGAACAUAUAGUACAAGAAAGCGUGAAUGGUAAACAAGAAACAUAUGUUAUCGAAAAAAUGAAGAGCACAAGUCCUACUAUGACAUAUCUGGAAACGAUUGAUGACUGUCUGAGAAAUGGAUUCAGGACACCAUCCAACCCUGCAGCAGGAGACUAUCCAGUUAAUACUAUGGUACUUGUACCCUGUAUCAUUAAAAUUAAAAGAGAGACUGUUGAUAUGGAUUCAUCAUCUGUCAAAAAACUCACAAAAAAAGAAAUAAAAAGAGCAAGGAGGGAUAUAGAACUGAUUCAUAAUUACAGAAAUUUGAAAAUGUUUUUUGAGAAAUUCCUGCGGAAAUUGCCUUCAGUGAAAGCCCAGGAAGAGGAAGAAGAGGAAUUACAAGAUCCUCAGCAAAUAUUGAGGGACGAAUGCAGAGAAACUGAGCAUUGCAAACAUUUGGCAGAAAAAUAUCAAGUUUGUAAUGAUAGGGUCAAUUCUCGAUCACGUACUACUGAAACGUGCCUAGAAGAACUAUUCGAUUUGUUACAUGCAGUAGAUCACUGUGUUACUAAAGACCUUUUCAGUAAACUAAAAUAGUACAAAAUAAUAAUGAUUGAACAUAUUUUUCAUGUUUAGCUUGCAAAUAGGUUGUUACAAUAGAAGUUUCUGUAUGUAA